AUGUCCGAGAAAGAGGAGAAUGACCCCGAUGUCUUCAAUGGUGUAUACGCAGCCAAAGUCCCAUUGAGAUCCUUGAAGGGCUGGGCUUCCGGCUCCUCCAUCCAAAAAGGUCACUUUCUGGUUGCACGGAUCCUUUGGAAUCAUCAUAAACACGGGCUGGAUACGGAUGAAGCUCACCUGGCAUCUGACCCCGAUGACCACAAUGCCACAGAGAGGAUGCCUAAUACGCUCAACUACGACAGGAUGGAACCAUUUGAGUCUGACUCCUCUCUAUAUCGGCUCACCCAGGUCCACACCAACGAUGAGGACGAGGAUACACUGAGGGUGAAGAUGGCCCUUUAUCUCUUCAUUGAGGCUCUCACUACUAGUAAGCCCCUAGGUCUGCAGCUUAAAUGGGCUCUUGGUUAUCCUGAAUGGACCAUCAGACUCGGUGAAGCUAAAAUCGUUUCAAGAUCCCGGGGCCAGCUCUACAAUCCCGAGAAUCCUGACAUGCAGCCAUAUGCCAUCAUCCAUGCAAAAUCUGGUCUUUUGACUGGUAAUGACCCCGGGCCUACAUUACGGGAAUUGGGGAUUGAAAUGCUCUGCUGGAUCUACUCUUGCGUUGGGAAACUCGAAUCUAGAUAUGUCAUGACCAGUCACCAUUACUGCGACAUUUAUAUUAUCUGUGCGGAGGUCCGGCCUAAGUACAUGCGCUUCCUGAAUGGCAACCCCAACGAUGAUGAUGACUUCAAUGAUCAAUUUUUGCGCCUUCAUCUCCACGGACCUUUUCAUAUUUUCACAGCCGACGAUGUGGAACUAGUUGCAAUAAAUGCUGUUGCUCUGACCUUACAGCAAGAUGCGGAUUUGAAGCGCGACUCUUAG